AUGUUGUCACAGUCAACAUCAUCAAAUUUAUCUGAAGCAUUAAUAAAUGUGAAAAAAAUUGAGCAAAAUUUUCUCAACCGUGAAUUCACAUUUAUUGAUCGAGAACGAAAUAAAAUUCGUGCAAAUGUUGAUCGACAUAUGGAAACAUUUCUACAAUUAACACGUAAACGACAUGAAACAUGGUAUCGAAAUGAUAAACAUUUUCGCGAAGCUUUAAGAGUAGAGAAAGAAAAUCAUGAAAAACGUAAAGAACGUCAUAGACAAAAAUUAUUAUUAGCAUCUAAUCCAACCUAUAUUCCACAAGUUCAUACGCCAUUUCAGCCACUGACUACUGAAAAUAUUGUUCUACCACCAAUUACAACACCAACAAUAACAACAGAAAUACCAAUAGCAAAUAAUACAUUAAUAAUGAAAACAAAAAAUAAUCCAUCAACAAUAACUCCACGUUCUGAACCAAUGACAAUAGUUGAUCGACGUACACAUCAAGUUUUACGUGCUUCACAAAAAUUACUUGAUGAAUCAGCAGCACGAUCAAGAUAUAAAUUUGUACCCGAUCGUCCUUCAUCAGUAUCAUUUCAGCAUAAACGUCCACCACCACCACCAGCAUCAUCAAGUUCAUGUUCAUUUAAUAGUGGAACACUUAUUGUACCGAUGCUAACAUCAGUUGAUUGUGAAGAAUAUAAUCGUUUAAUGCAUGAAUCAUUACAACAUGAAACAUUUAGUGGACUUGUUGAUCAUUUUGUUAAAUUUCGUCCUGAAUUUCGUGAACAAUUCGGUCUUAUUUACGAAGCUAGUAAAAGACAAAAAGCAAUGGAAAAAUUACGAAAACAUAAUCAAAUACAUGCAAAAACCAAAGAUGAACGUUAUCAUAAACUAGUUAAUAGUCUUACUGAUCUUCAUUCUGAACAAUAA